AUGAUGCAACACCACCAAUUUCUCCCAAAUGGGCUUCCCUUUCCAUCCUUUUCUCCCCCGUUUGUGCCCGAUGCUCCAUUUUUAUCUCAAGAGAUGAGUUGUAGUUUACCACCCUCGAUUGACGUCGAUCAGAGCUUGUCAAAUGUCUUUUCGUUGCUCAAUCUUUCACCGCCGGCGCAUUCCGACCACCGCCGCGGUCGAAUCGGCUGUGCUGGUUCUUCCGUUGGCGAGGGUUUUCUUCAUCACCCGGUUGGUAAUCCUCGAAUGAUGCAUUCCGAUUUGGGACUUAACAAUCCCUUUACGAUGGACCCUCAUCACCAUCAUCGUCGUCGUCAUCAUCAUCGGCUUUGCAACAAUACAGAUGCCCUCCAGAUGCAUUCUUCUUCUGGAUUUGACUAUGGGUUUGACAUUGACCAGAAGUCUCGCUUGGGCUCCACGAAGUUCCUUUAUUCCACGCAACAGCUCGUUUCCCUCCCCAGGUGUUCGUCAAACAAUGCUUCUCAACUUAUUGAUAAAAUGUUUGUUCCCAUCAAUAACGAAUUGAAAUUUCAGAGAUCAGAUGAUGAUAAACACCUUAAUCCUCCUUGCUAUAAUAGUAAUCACCUUUGUGGGGUUGAGUUAAGUAGAUUUCAAAAUCAAAACCAUCAGUUUAUGAGUUCAUGGUCUUUGAAAGAAUUGAAGGGAAGGAUAUAUGCUCUGGCUAAGGACCAAAAUGGUUGCAGAAUACUACAAGCCAUGUUCGAAAGACCAACAAUGGAAGAGGUGCAAAUGGUUUUGUCUGAAGUGGUGGAUUCCAUUAGUGAUUUGAUGAAAGAUCAAUUUGGGAAUUAUUUAGUUCAAAAACUUGUUGUUCUUUGCAACAAUGAUCAGAAACUGCAGAUACUUAUUUCUCUGAUUAAAGUCCCAACUAAUAUCAUCCUUGUUUGUAUGAAUCCACAUGGAACAAGAGCAGUGCAAAAGCUGUUGGAGAAUUUGAAAGACCCAAAUCAGAUUAAGUUAGUAAUGAAGGCUCUACACCAUGGUGCAGCUACAUUGGCCAAUGAUCCAAAUGGUCAUCAUGUCAUUCAGUACUGUCUGGUUAAUUUCCAUAGUGAUAUUAACAAGCCUAUUCUCACUGAAAUAGCAGAUGAGUGCUUUAAAGUUGCAACGGAUAGAAGUGGUUGCUGUGUGCUGCAGGCAUGUGUGGAACACUCUCGUGGGGAAGUUAGAACGCGUUUGGUUGCUGAGAUUAUGGCCAACUCGGUACACUUAGCAGAAGACCCGUUCGGAAAUUACGUUCUGCAACACAUGCUGGGGUUGCAUAUACCAGAGUUCACUUUGCUGCUUGUGAGGCAACUUCAAGGGAACUUUGCUUCUCUUUCUUGCAAUAAAUAUGGUAGCAAUGUUGUCGAGAAAUGUCUGAAGGAAUCUGGAGAAGAGGUAUCGACAAGAAUCAUUCUGGAAAUAAUCAGAAGCCCGAAUUCUUAUUUGCUUCUAGUAGACCCCUAUGCCAACUUCGUUAUCCAAUCUGCGCUUAAAGUUUCGAAGGGGUUUGCACACGAGUGCCUUUGCGGUCUAAUUUCCAAACACACGUCAUCUAUGCGAAGCAAUUUGUAUGGUAAAAAGAUACUCGAACGAUUCGAGAAGAGAAGGAGCUAG